AUGCGACGACAAGCUGUGGAGGGAUCCUCCCAAACUCAACCUUCUCUCCUGCCCCACCGGCAGGGCAACCAAGGGGAUCGACCCUUGGGAGUUGGAGAAGAAGUUAGCCAGUCACGCUCGAGACAUCGAAGACGCCGACCUGAACGACCUUCCUUGCGAGCAGGGGGUGACGAUCGACGCCCACCAGCCCGCUCGAGGACCAACACGCGGCGACAAGCUGCAGAGGAAUCCUCACAAGCUCAAUCUCCUAAUCUGCCUCACGGGCAGAGCACCCAAGGGGAUCGACCCUUGGGAACCGAGGAAGAAGUUAGCCAGUCGCGCUCGAGGCACCGAAGACGUCGGCCCGAGACUCCAACCCUGCGAGCAGAGGAUGUCGCAAAGCUAGUAAAUGACCAACUCCGAGGUCUCCGACUCAAAGGAAGCGCGGAGGAGGCCCUGUGCAAGGAAAUUGAUCGAGUUGACUGCUCGCCCUUUACCGACGAGGUGGAACGAGCUCCGCCGCCGAAGUGGUUUACAACGCCAUCCAUCACUCCAUUCAAGGGGGACUCUGACCUGAGAGCCAUUUGA